CCCAUGCCAGGACUUGUGGCGGCUGCAGCGGCAGCCUGAACUGGAGGAAGUGUGCUGGGCGGGGGUCUGAGUAGCAGAAGCAGUUCAGGAACCGAGCAGAGGCUUCCAUUUUAUCACCAACAGCCACAAAAAAGGCCGAGGAGAGCACGGGGUCCACCUUUGGUCAGAGUGAGCUCGCAGAAGCGGCCGUGGUCAACCUGAGAGCAGAUUCCAGCAGAGGAAAAUGAGCCUCUCAGCCAGCAUUAAGCCUGUAUGACGGGCUGAGGGCUCUUUGAUCAGGACCGUACCCCACUCUUUCUCAUCCAGCAGCUCUGACUGACAAAGGGAAGCAGAAGGGGAAAGAAAGAAGAAUCAAAGCUUUCAGUUUGAAAAAGUAAAAGGAAGUCUCAAAGUUCAGGAUGGAGGAAGGAUAUGAACUCGACCUGACGUACAUCACAGAACGUAUCAUCGCUGUGUCCUUCCCCCGGGGUUGCUCAGAGGAGAUCUACUCUCACAACCUGAAGGAUGUCACACGAAUGCUCAAGUCCAAGCAUGCAGAUAAUUACCUGAUCAUCAACCUGUCAGAGAAAAGACACGAUCUCUCUAAAAUGAACCCAAAGACCCUGGAUACAGGCUGGCCGGACAUGCACGCUCCACCUCUGGAUAAGAUCUGCACCAUCUGUAAGGCCAUGGAGAGCUGGCUCAAUGCUGACCCUCUUCAUGUGACGGUUAUACACUGCAGGGGAGGCAAGGGUCGAAUCGGUGUCAUCAUUUCAUCCUUUGUGCAUUUCACCGACGUAUCGGCCAGUGCUGAUCAGGCGUUGGACCGCUUCGCGAUGAGGAAAUACUAUGAUGAUAAGGUCUCAGCUCUGAUGACACCUUCGCAAAAACGGUAUGUUUGGAUCCUCAACAGUCUUCUAAGUGGAUCCAUGAAGAUCAAUGCCUCACCCUUAUUCCUGCACUGCAUCAUCCUUCACGGGAUACCAAACUUCGACGUCAAUGGAGUAUGUCGUCCAUACAUCAAGGUUUACCAGGGAAUGCAAGCAGUGUACUCCUCUGGAAUCUAUCACAUUGGUCCAGGCCACAGAGACCGUGUAUGCAUUGUCCUGGAGCCUGCCCAGCUUCUGAAAGGAGAUAUCAUGAUUAAAUGCUAUAACAAGAGUGACAUAACUUCCGAACGUGAAGUUAUUUUUCGGCUGCAGUUCCACACGGGAGCAGUGCAGGGCUACAACCUGAUGUUUGAAAAAGAAGACAUGGAGACUGCCAACAAAGAUCCCAGAUUUCCAGAUUAUGGUAAAGUGGAGCUGGUGUUCUCCGAGGGACCAGAGAAGAUCCCAGGUGCAGACAGGUGGCAAAAUGGGGCGGAUGUUAUUGUGGACUACAACACAGCAGAUCCUCUAAUCCGCUGGGACUCCUACCAGAACAUCUGUGAUGGUGAAGCGCCACGCUCUCAAGGCCUAACCCAGGACAAAGCGGCUAACAAGAGGAGCCCCAACGGAGGAGAGGCCACACUGGGCAGAGGGGCCCGUACAACCUCCGCCACCUCCAGCCCUGACCACAGCGACCACGCCCUCUCUGUCAGCAGUGAUUCUGGCCUGUCUAGCACUUCUCUGUGGGCAGACCGACCCACACCUGUCACCGCCACCGCUACCGCCAAUGCCAUCACCUCCACCAUCAAACCUAACCAGGGCCCCAGCCAGCAGGAAAAGGUCCAGCUGAAGCGCCUUUUAAGUGGCUUUGGUGUUGAGGACCCCUCACUGGAGGAGAUGGAUGAUCAAGGCCCUAGAGUGAGCUUCCAGCAGAUAGUCCCAGCGCAAGUGCACAUCAACGGAGACCCCAGACCCCGAGAGAGAGAAACGGACAUCCUGGAUGAUGAGGUGAUCACAGGUCAUGAUCUGCACAGUGUGGACAGCUUAGGGACCUUAUCGUCCUCCUGUCACAAGAGCAGCCAGAACUCCCUCCUGUCAGAUGGUUUUGGGAGUCCAGGAGGAGAGGAGCAGCAAAACCAAAGCCAGCACCACCUCCACCACCCUGCACCCCCUCCCAUGGAGGAGUAUGAGAGGGCCUAUGCUGAGACUAGGAGAGGCUGUCUGAGCUCCAGGAGCAACUCUGUGGCCACCUCUAAUCCAAGCAGUGCUACCAUGCCCAAGCAGCAUGUCUACAGACAGGGAAGCUACUCCACACAGUCCUGGGUUCGCCAGCAGCAGAUGGUUGCCGCACAACAGUUUCUCUACAUGCCAGAGGACGGAAACGAUACAGAAAGAUACCCUGUGAACAAGCAAGGGAGCAGUUCACCUAAAGCAGGCCUUUCCACAGAACCACAGGGCCUUACUAGGGAUGUGACGACAGAUGCUCUGAGAAGCGCGGCGCCACACACGGAGCAGGCAACUAUAAACAAUAACAACAACAACAAACGCGAUGAGGAGUUCAAAUCUCUAACGUUGGACAUUGACAACUCCAUUGACCAGCUCAACCAGCUGAUCAUGGACCUGGAUCCCACAUUUGUGCCGGUACCAAGCCAUUGCAGCUCCAUCAAGAGGAACGGAGGGGCGCACGUGAACGGCUCAGUCUCCAAAUGCUCAAACGACAUCAAUCUCAGAUUCAACGAUAAUAACACAGCAACCCUGAAAAACACACAGCAGACAGCUGUCCAGUCCAGUGAGGGGCGGGUGGGUGUCAUGCGGAGUCUGAGUCGCCAAGGAAAUGACAUCACGGAUCAUCCAGGCUUCUGUAACUCGGGGUGGGGUGGGACAGAGGAGUACAGGGGCCAGCGGACGUACUCCCCCUGUGUGACACAGUCCCAGCAUCACAUGUUGUACAGGAGUGACAGUGCUGACUACAGGGGCCAGGGCCCAGACAUGGACAGUGGGGUCGAGGCUGGGAGUGACAUGACUCCACCCACUCCUGCCUUCCCUAUCUCUCCGCCGACACCUUAUGUGAAAAACAUAUCGGAAUUCAAUCUCCUCAGGCAAACACCAUCUCCUAGCAUGCAGUCUUUUGGAGUCUACAGAACAGACCAUGAACCCCGGGGAUAUUCAGAGAUGAUCAGUCAUGUUGGAGUUGACGGUUUACCAGACUCCUCCAUCAACUGCCACAGGACGCUAAGUGCUACACACACGUCUUCUAUUGUUGGGACCCUUCAGCGGACAGACAGUUCAACCAUGAACCAGUCCUGGCCAGAGCAUCCCGUCCUGAGCCGCCACUCCUCUCUGAGCACCUACCCCUCUCCCAGACACCCACUGCAGCACGCCAUGUCACUGGACUACAGCCACCACUCUCCUCCCCUGCACCACCCCCACAUCCACCCUGCCCCCAAUGCACAUAGCUCUCCUCGAAGCAGCCAGCGAAGCUGUUUGGCUCGCUAUGCCCUCAGCCGCAGUCCCGCUCAAUGCUUUGAUGAGCAGGAUGACUCUGGCCUCAGCUAUGGCACAGACUGUCCAAACUCCCCCUCUUCUCUGCUGAGAAAUGGAGGCAUGGACAGGGAACAUUUGACCUCCAUGGAUGGGCAGAAUCAGUCACAGCUGUCUCAGAUGCACCCCCCACUUCUGCCUGAGAAGAAGAGGGCAUCAGAUGGGGAGCAUUCUCUGGGAACAGCGUCUCCAGCUCACAGUGGGUUCUCGAGUCCCCACAGUGGGAGCACCCUGAGUAUUCCCUUCCCUAAUGUUUUGCCUGACCUCUCAGCUCAGAUGCCGGGCACAGCCUCACCUCUGCCAGAUGUACUGACCAGUAAGCAGGAUACAGUAAAAUUUGUGCAGGACACAUCAAAAUUCUGGUACAAACCAGAUAUCUCAAGGGAUCACGCCAUUUCAGUCUUGAAGGACAAGGAGCCUGGCUGCUUCAUCGUGCGGGACAGCCAUUCCUUUAGAGGGGCCUAUGGACUGGCAAUGAAGGUGGCUACUCCCCCACCCUCAGUUCUCCAGCAGUCCAAGAAAGGAGGCGAUCUAGCCAAUGAAUUAGUACGCCAUUUCCUGAUUGAGUGUACACAGAAAGGAGUGCGAUUGAAGGGUUGCCCCAAUGAGCCCUAUUUUGGAAGCUUAACUGCACUGGUCUGCCAACAUUCUAUCACUCCUUUGGCCCUGCCCUGCAAACUCAUCAUACCAGACAGCGAUCCUCUUGAAGAUGUUGUGGAGACUACAUCACAUUCAGUCACCAACUCUGCCGCUGAGCUGCUAAAACAGGGCGCAGCCUGCAAUGUGUGGUACCUAUGCUCUGUGGAGAUGGAGUCACUAACGGGCGUCCAGGCGGUGCAGAAAGCCACCAGUAUGACUCUGAGUGCCGACCCUCCACCAACCUCCACUGUAGUCCACUUCAAGGUGUCCUCCCAGGGAAUCACCCUCACAGACAACCAGAGGAAGCUCUUCUUCAGGAGGCAUUACAAUGUCAAUACGGUCAUAUUUUGUGCAUUGGACCCUCAAGAUAGAAAGUGGAAUAAUGAUGGCUGCUCUUCAGCAAAGAUCUUUGGCUUUGUGGCGAGGAAAACUGGCACUUCUAUGGACAAUGUCUGCCACCUGUUUGCAGAGCAUGACCCCGAGCAACCAGCAAGCGCCAUUGUGAACUUUGUUUCCAAGGUGAUGAUUGGCUCGCAGAAGAGUAAGUAGGCCUGCAACGGACUGAGCUGAUCUCCUGGACAGACUUUUACUCAGAGUAGAAACAUGGGAUAAAAACUGAAAGGCUGAAGAAAGGACAAAAUGUCAGGACUGAAGACGGCAGUGACAUUAACCGUGGAUAUUAACUGGAUGUUCAAUACGUAAUGAUCACUAACCAGCACCAGGACAUUUAAUGACAUAUUUUAAUAGAAAAAUAUAACCCCCCUUCUGUUGUUCUUCUUUCCUGUAAAAAUUAACUAUAAAGUAGCCAAGAAAGAAAACAACUAAAUCAUAAGAAAUGUGUAAUAAUUAUUUACUGGUUUACAGUUAUAAUGUCUUAUACAGUUAGAUAUAUUCAUGCUCAACAUAUUUUUAGUACAUAACACACAUAACAUAAAGGCUGCUUUUCUUAUUCGUGCAUAGCAGUAAUAUGGAAAAAUCAAGAAAAACUUGUGUUGUUGCAUGUCAUGUUUUUGUCUCUAAUAUUUAACCACAACAAACAUAAUUCAAGAUAUUAACAUUCUAAAGUUGUAGCCGAUGUAGAAGCACCUCUGAUCUCCAUCUGUCCAGCGUGCAGUAUUUUCAAGUGGCAUUUAAAAUGUGGUGAAGCAGUGAGCAAAUAUGUAUAAUUUGAACUUUGGGAAUAGGCUGUCGCAUACAGGAUGAUCUUAUUUUAUCUAUGCAAUGUCAAAUUUUAUUUUUUUAAACCAUGACCUUCUGUACAUGUGCAGCAUGUAUGUGGCUUCUUUGAACUUGUUAAAUAAUUUUCUUCUUAAGAUAUAUGAUUGUGCGUGUGUGUUGAAAAGAGAGAACCCAUAGAAAAUAUUUUAAUUAAACCCUAAUAUAUUGACUUGACUCGAGUUGGUUAAAAACACAUCAGUACUUUGCGUAGUGGCACACCACUCAGCUGCCAAAAUUGUACUUUAUUUUGAACUCUUGGGGAGCUAAAUAACAGCACUGCAGUGUUUCAGUAUCAAAAAUGCAUCACUGUCCUCCAUUUUGUACAUUUAAUUUGAAUUAAAAAAAAAAAAGACAUAGGCUGCUAUAUAGAGAGAACAAAUAUUGUAUUAUGUUUUAGUCUUGUACAAGUUCUUCAAAGAAAGAAAACGCUCAGUGUUGGAAUUGCAAAAAUAAAUUUAGGAUUUGAUAUACUCCUUUAGUUGUCAGUGACAUGUUCACUAAACUUGCUGUGGCCAUUUAAUCCAGAGAGGGACCUACCACCACAAUGCAGCUGUGUUUUUAUUAUGUAUUACCUGUUGUCAUCAUUUUAAUGACCUAAUCUGUACCUCAUACUUAUCUCAUACAAUAUGUGCUUCUGUGUAUAACAUGUUACAUGUGAACAGUUAAUUUGUAUAUUGAUAUUGCAUUGUUUGAUGCGUUCUGUAAAUAAACAAAAUGAAACAUU